AUGUCCACCCUCACUAGCGCCGACAUGGGCGAGCUCAAGCGCCCGUCAACGCGCGUGCACGCGCCUCCUGGUGGUGGCAGUAGCUGGAGUUUCGGCGGUGACGCGGUGCCAGCUGCAAGAAAUCGGAGGCACUUUAAUCCGACGCAACCACCGGCGCCACCGCCUGUAUCAGAAGCUAUCCAGUAUCAGACUCAGACUCCGAUCGAGACUCAGACAGAGAGUGGAUCUUUAGAGCCAGUCACGAAAGUGAGGAUCGCGUUGCUCAAGACCAGUCAAGAUGCUGAGAUUGUGGAUCAAGCAGUGCAGAACUGCUUGGACGAGCUCGAGGUCGAGAUCCAGUCCCAGGCUGUGAGCUGUCAGACCUUUACGGUCGCGACGCUGGAGCUGCUGCCGUAUGCAGCCAAUAAAAUGACUCGGUCUGGAGCUUUUGACAGCGUCAUAUGCUUUGGCUUUGUCAACACGCAGGACCCGCUGUUUGCUGCGCUGAAUGCGGCGCGGAUGCAGAGUCUCAUGACGAUCAGUGUCAAGAAUGUGCGGCCAGUCGUGCAAGCUGUGUUUGUGGGGGAGCCUCGGGUGGCUCUGGUGAAGGUGCGAGGAGGAUGGGGAGCUGAGUUUGCUCACGAAAUAGUACCGUUGAUCAACUUGGGCGGCUUUGUGGGACCUAUGGUUCACUCGGCGUCGGGUGCAGUCGUGACCAAGCACUUUGAAGUCAGUCGUGGUAACGUGCUGCCUGCCAAGCUUUUGCGUGGAUCACAGACGGUGCAGCAGUCGCUGAUUACGUUGAGGAACUCACUGUAUGCCCAUGGAGCAAAGGGGGUGCGAGAAUUGGGACGCAAGUUCCGUAUUAUCGACGACGAUGGCAAUCGUUCGCUGUGUGUUGACGAGUUCCAGAAAGCUAUUCGUGAACAUGCGCUGGAGCUUAGUGGCAAGGAAGUGGACGAGCUGUUUCGCUUUAUUGACGCAAACAAUUCGGGUGGCGUGGACUAUGACGAGUUUUUGCUAGCUGUGCGUGGGGAGCUGAAUGAUCGACGCACGCAGUUGGUUCUUGCUGCGUUCAAGAUUCUUGAUCGCGAUGGAAGCGGCGUUGUCGACCUGGAUGACAUCAAAGGCAAGUACAGCGCGAAGGAGCACCCGGACGUGCUUCAAGGUCGUAAGACAGAGGACAAGGUGCUGCUUGAAUUUUUAGACACUUUUGAUGGCGGCGAGAAAGACGGCAAGGUCCACCCGAGCGAGUUCGUGCGCUACUAUGCCAACGUGAGUGCGUCCAUUGACGACGACGACUACUUUGAGCUAGUUGUUCGCAACGCUUGGCACAUGAGUGGUGGUGAAGGAUGGUCGGCCAAUACCUCCUGUCGUCGUGUGCUUGUACAGCACGCCGACGGUUCGCAUACGAUCGAGGAGGUGAAGGACGAUCAUGGCAUCGCUGUCGGUAACGUCGAGGCCAUUCGUGCCAACCUCCAAGCACAAGGCAUUGACGACAUUCGGUCCGUGAGUACAGCGGGCGACGUUCAGACGGAUGGCGAUACGGCGAACAAGCGCUCGAACGACAGUCUCCACCCGCAGAACGUGCGGAAGAAACAGCAUGGAGCCGGCGCGAGCUCCAUUAUUUUCGGCUGA